UCACUCCGGCUUCCGGGUGGGAGUGAAACUUCUUGGUCCUGUUGUUGCGUCCCUGUUUUAGGUUUUAAAUACACUGUCAGCCAUGCUAUUGAUGCUUGAAGAUGAGCACAAGGAACACUUGGCCUUCCUGACGAGCGUUGGUCUUGAUGUGGUCCAAGAAUUCUGUAAGAUUUCACUGGGGUUUAUCAAAAAAGGAAGCAACCCCAAAAUGUACCAAGCGGCAGCCUCCAAACUAGGUGUCGAUGCAGAGACUGUGAUGCACGGUGUAGAAGGUUUAAUGUAUCUUUUCACAGAAAGCUCAAAACUCAUGGUCAAUGAGAUAGACUUCCAAGACUCCAUCAUGACUCUGGGAUUUCCUGAGGACCUAAAGGGGCUCCUACUUCAGCAAUAUUUAGAGAACCGUAAGGAGAUCAGAUGUAUUUUGUCUGAGAUGUCCAUGGAUUUACCCCAGUAUCACAACUUAGAGUGGAGGUUUGAUGUCAAGCUUGCCAGUCGCUCCCUCAAGCAUCAAAUAGACCCUACGAUAUUACUGAAACUGCACAUUGCUGACUCUGGUGAGAGGCACACACAAGUCUUACAGACUGACCCCAGUAACUUGGUCCACAUGACCAAUGUGCUGGACAAAGCCCUGCAGGAGAUGAAGUCCCAACACUGCAGGAGGAUUGUCCGGAAUAUUUGACCACUUUGUCUGGAAUAUAAGACCACUUGGUCUGAAGUAUUUGACCAUUUGUUCCAGAAUAUCUGACCUUUUGGUUCAAAGUAUUUGACCACAUAGUCCGGAAUAUUUGACCACUUAUUGGGGAAAAUCAGACGUCCUAGAGUGGAAUAUAUCAUCACUUAUGUACCACUGUUUUGGAUGUUGACAAAAGAUAAUGAAAAGAGAUUCAAGAAGUGACCAGUGUUCAUUUAAUGAUAAAUGUGAUUUUUUAUUAAAUUUUUAUUUAUUUAUUUAUUUAUUUAUUUAAGAAAUGGGGGAAACACUUUAUGGAGUGCUUGAUAAACAAAAUAUCCACUUGCAGUGUAAACUUCUCAGGAGUAAUUGAGAUCAACAGGCCAAGAAAGUUGUUAUUGAAUUUCAUCAGCUGUUUAAGGAGUUUCAGUUACAUGCAUUGUUAUUCUUCACUCAGCAGAAAAUAGUGCAAUGAUGAAUGCAUAUUAAAUUUCUUUGUACAGGAUUUUCUGUAAAAUACAACUGCAAUUAUUGGUAAAGAGGCAAAUCAUUUGUAUAAAUUGUAU